AUGGCAGCUUCUAGCAUGUUUAAGCUAUCAUUUUUCUUGAGCCUUCUUUCCCAUCUGAACUUGGGUUUGUGGCCACAAACUCAUAGCAGCUUGGCCAUAUUUCCACCAUCAUGUAACAGCAUAGAGUGCCCAAGCUUUGACACAAUUGAGGUUGGCAAUGGCUAUGAAGUCCGUCGAUACAAUUCGAGUGAAUGGAUAUCCACUUCUCCUAUUCAAGAUAUCUCUCUUGUUGAAGCCACUAGAACUGGCUUCUUACAGCUGUUUGAGUACAUUCAAGGGAAGAACAAGUACGAAGAGAAAAUAGAGAUGACUGCCCCAGUGCUCAGUGAAGUUUCACCAAGCGAUGGACCCUUUUGUGAAUCUUCAUUUGUGGUGAGCUUCUAUGUGCCAAAGAAGAACCAAGAAAACCCACCACCAGCAGAAGGCCUCCAUGUCCAAAAAUGGAAAACCACAUAUGUUGCAGUGAGACAAUUCAGUGGGUUUGUAUCAGACGACAGCGUUGGAGAAGAAGCUGCUGCCUUGAAGGCCAGUCUUGCAGGUACUGUUUGGUCUGCCGCCAUCGAGAAAAGCCAUGAAGCUGAUCAUACUUCAGUUUAUACUGUUGCACAGUACAAUUCCCCAUUUGAAUUUGAUCAUAGGGUGAAUGAGAUCUGGUUGUCGUUCGAUUUGGAAGACGGCGUUGCAGUAUAA